AGCCUUAAUUUAAACCCACAGAGAAUACCUGAGGAAGGAGGACACCUGAGAUCACAAUCUUGAAGACCGUCAUGGGGAAGGAUAAGACCCACGUCAACCUGGUGAUCAUCGGCCAUGUGGACAGCGGCAAGUCCACCACCACGGGCCACCUGGUCUACAAGUGCGGGGGCAUUGACCAACGGAAGCUGGAGAAAUUCGAGAAGGCUGCGGCGCAAAUGGGAAAGAGUUCCUUCAAAUUUGCCUGGGUGCUGGACAAGCUGAAAGCGGAGCGCGAGCGUGGCAUCACCAUUGACAUUUCCCUGCUGAAAUUUAACACCCAGAAUUACUCCAUGACCAUUAUUGACGCCCCGGGUCACCGUGACUUCAUUAAGAACAUGAUAACUGGCACUUCACAGGCCGACGUAGCCCUCCUGGUGGUGUCGGCGGCCAAGGGAGAGUUCGAGGCGGGCGUGUCUCGCAGCGGCCAGACCAGGGAGCACGCCUUGCUGGCCUACACGCUGGGCGUCAAGCAGAUCAUCGUGUGCGUCAACAAAAUGGACGUGACUGAGCCGGCGUACUGCCAGAAGCGCUUCGACGAGGUGGUCCGGGCCGUGAGCGGCUUCCUCAAGAAGAUCGGCUACGACCCGGCCGUCGUGCCCUUCAUCCCCAUCUCGGGGUGGACCGGCGAGAACAUGAUCACCGCCACUCAGCGGAUGCCUUGGUUCCAAGGCUGGAAGGUAAGGCGGCGAGAAGGGAACACGAGUGGGAGAACCCUUCUAGAGGUGCUGGACUCCAUCCAACCACCUGUACGCACCAUCAACAAACCUUUACGGUUACCUCUGCAAGAUGUCUACAAGAUAGGAGGUGUUGGGACCGUUCCAGUGGGAAAGAUUGAAACGGGCGUCCUCAAACCCGGCAUGACGCUGAUGUUCUCCCCCGCUAAAGUAACUGCAGAGGUCAAGUCCAUUGAGAUGCACCACCAAGGUUUGGAGACGGCCCUGCCAGGACACAAUGUUGGCUUCAACAUUAAGAAUGUGUCCGUCAAGAACCUGCACCGCGGGGAUGUUGCCGGCAACGCCCAGCAGGACCCGCCCUCGGACGUCAGCAGCUUUGAGGCCCAGGUGAUCAUCCUGAACCAUCCGGGCAAGAUCAAAACUGGCUACUCCCCCGUCCUGGACUGCCACACGGCCCACGUAACCUGUCGCUUCGCUGAGCUCAAGGAGAAGAUCGACCGGCGCACGGGCAACAAGCUGGAGGACAGCCCCCAGCUGCUCAUGUCUGGGGACAGUGCCACCGUCAAACUGGUUCCCAUCAAGCCCAUGUGUGUGGAGAGCUUCUUCACCUACCCUCCAUUAGGCCGCUUUGCUGCCAGAGACCUGAAGCAAACUGUGGCUGUGGGUGUCAUCAAGUCUGUGGUGAAGGACAACUCCUUCAAACCAAAAGCCCAUCAGAGUAAAUGAGUUACCAGUCUUCUGGUAUAGCAUGCCUUUAAAAGUCGACUUUUUGUUUUUAAGUUUUUUUUGUGUUGUGGCAGAGUAUAUUUAUGUUAAGCGUCGACUCCAGCGGAAAGUGUAUUUGGUUGAAAUGUAGUUGCUCUGCUGGAAAUAAAAGAUACGAAUAAUUUA